AUGCAGUGCACGCCCCUUUUCGAAUCUGUGCAAAGCUUCGACUAUGUCAUUGUUGGCGGCGGCACUGCUGGCUUGGUUCUUGCGACCAGGCUGACAGAAAAUGCCGACAUCAAUGUCGCUGUUAUUGAGGCUGGAACCAGCCCCGAGGCUGUAGCAGGAAACUUGACUCAGGUUCCAGGCUACGCCGGCGAGCUGUACUUGAACGCUGCUGAGCUGAAUUGGGGCUUCACUGUCACGCCUCAGGAGGCUCUCCUGAACCGAACGUUCACCUACAUGCGAGGCAAAACGCUCGGUGGCAGUGGCGUCUUGAACUUCAUGAACUAUGGACAGGCCAGCAAGGGUUCUCACCAGAGAUGGGCCGACCUUGUCGACGAUGAGUCUUACACGUACGACAACAUGUUACAAUACUACCACAAGGCCAUGAAGUACUCCCCCCCGAAAGAAGGCGCUCGCUCAGCCAAUGCCACCACCUCGCUCCUCGCAGCGGACGCCGCGAUCAACGGAACGCUGCCCGUUACUUUCGGAGCCUACGUGCAGUCUUGGAGCACUUGGGUCGCUCUGGGUCUCAAGGCCAUCGGCGUCCCUCAGGUCUCGGCCUUCGUGGAUGGCAACAAUAUGGGGUGGUCUUGGAAUCUCUAUACCAUCAAGGCGCCAGAGGCCAUCAGACAGACUUCGGAGACAGCCUACCUCAUCCCUGUUCUCGGCCGUCCCAACCUUGCUGUCUUCGACUAUACGUUCGCCAAGCGCAUUCUAUUUGAUGACCAGAAGACUGCCACAGGCGUCGAGGUCACGUCGACAACGACCAACUGCUCGUUCACUAUGUCUGCAGCCAAGGAGGUUAUUGUCUCGGCUGGCGUCUUCCAGUCACCACAUCUCUUGCAGGUCUCUGGUGUCGGUCCCAAGGCCAUGCUUGAGCAAUACGGCAUUCCUGUGGUUGCUGAUCGGCCUGGUGUGGGCCAGAACAUGCAGGACCAGGCCACCACAUUCGCGAUGUACCAAGUCGAUCUCGUCACCAACACUCUGCUCAGCCAAGAUCCAGCAUACGCCGCGGCAGUUGAGGAGCAGUACAUUGUCAACCGCACAGGUCCCUUGACUGCCCCAGGAGGUGACCUGAUGGGAUUCGAGAAGAUACCAGAGGAGUUCAGGACCGGAUUCUCGAAUGAUACCAAGGCCUAUCUGGACCAGUUACCCGAAGAUUGGCCCGAGGUUUGCUACGCGGUCUACCCGGGCUCCGCUACACAGCCAGAGCCGGGGAAAAAUUAUGCUAUCAUGCAGGCGUGGUCGAUGGCCCCCCGUUCCAGGGGCUCACUCACGAUCCAGUCGGCGGACAUGGCCGUACCCCCAGUUAUCGACCCGAACUGGUUCAGCUCCCAGACAGACGUCGAGGUCACUGUUGCCGCGCUCAAGCGCAUGCGCAAGGCACUCAGCAGCCCGGCUAUGGCCCCUAUCAUGAUUGGCGAUGAGAUGCUCCCUGGUCUGGACGUCCAAACAGACGAAGAGCUUGCCGCAUUCGUGGCUCAGCGAGGCAGCACCAUCUACCAUGCGGCGGCAACCAACAAGAUGGGGAAGCCCUCGGACCCUGACGCGGUCGUAGAUCACCGUGGACGAGUGUUCGGAGUGCAGAGAUUCAUCUUGGCUGAGAAGCUCGCCGACGAUAUCAAGAACACUGUCUACUACUAG